AUGAUCAGUAAGCAGCAUGGAUACGAACUCAACCUGAAGUACAUUUUCAGAGAUAAUAUUUCACCAGAUAUCACAUUUGAGUCAUUCAAAAAUUUGAGUCAUUCAAAAAGAAUAGAGUUGGUAAGAAUUACUUUAUUUCCAUGCUGGUACCAGUGUAGUUUAGUUUCAUUUUUCAUCAAAUGCAUUGUAGAAAAACCAAACAUCAGUUUCACUCGAAUCAUACAGGUGUUAGGACGUGAAUAUGCAGCCGGACAAGGCGCAGUACGGAGGAGGUUCAAGGUGUCAGAUGAGAAAAUUGAAAAAUCGAUGAAAACUUGGCUGCAGCAAACAGCUUAUGACCUACUACAUGGAGAAAAGAAGAAAAAAACAGUCGUCUGCUGAAGUCAAUGAAGACGAGACACUUGACAAUUUUAAUUUGGAACUCCAGCCAUAAAGUACAAUUCGUC